AUGUCCUUUUCAGAAACUACUCGCGACGACUCGUACGUGAAGUCGACUAUCGACUUGAAUAGUUGCAUUGGAAACACCAAUGGAACCUUUACCACGAAUCGAACCCAAUCACGCUCGAUAAACGCUCCGCUCGAUGUUGAUACCAACGUUCAUCUAGACGGGAGCAAUAUUAUUGCUGAAUUGCCCAUUAACGCGCCGGGGCGAUCGCGAAGUCACGCGAAGUAUGACUUGGAUAUAUGUUUGUCGAAUGACAACGGAGAGCUGAAAUGGGUCCAGCAACUUCUAAGCGACCUCAGUGACCAUUUCCUUGGCCGUGAUGGAGUGAUUACCAAAGCAGCCGAAGGUAUCCCAGGAGCCGGGUUCCUUAUCGCCCUGAUUCAUUAUAGGAAUAACAACUUGGACCACGCUAAACGUGCAACAAUAAUAUCUGGCAAAGGUAUAUUCGCCAUCCUAUUCAGCGUUAUCGCACUCCAGCUCGGCCCAUUUGAUGCGACCGACCCCUCCACCGUCGCCAUUCUAUCAUUUCUCGGGACAGUCAUUGCCGAUUUGACAAUUGAGGUUUGCGGAAGAGAGUGGAUACGUGACAAGCGCAUUUCUGCAGAAAUCCCUAACCGUAGCGUGAUCAAUAUCUUUAUCGACGGUUUGAUUGCUGGUAUCGCUGUUGGUGCUGGCGCGAGCAUAGCUCCGCACGCUGAGGUUGCGGCCGCACAGGCGGUCCGUGUUGUCGCGCAAGCUCCCGAGGAAUUUUUGGCAGCCGAACUGGAGUUAUUCUCGAUUCAAAAUCUCGUGUACAACGGCCCCAAGCUAUUACGAGAGAUUGCUAAAGCCGGGACAGGAGCUGUAGUUCGUGCUACAUCGUUUGGUAUUCAUGAUUACGCCACACAUGUGACACCGUAUGAGGCCCCUUACUCUCCUGAUGCAAAAGGAUCCAAAAUCAAACCUGGAUAUUACUACAUCAGCAACCUUGGAACUGGCCAACUUCUCCAGUUCGUAAUUUCUCCCGAAACCGGACGACCUUGCGUACAAGUUGCAGAUGGAAAUUUCAAGAAAAGCCAGCUCUGGAUUAUUGAGGAAGGCGUGACUGGGUACAAGCUUCGCGCCCACUUCCCCGGUGCAUAUAUCGGCCAUGCUCCCUUGAAUGACUCGGGCGACUCGAAUCCCCAAAUCGUGACACCUGAUAACGCAGUCGAAUUCAGACUUGAAGGCAGCCCUUUAGGAGGUUUCUCGUUUGUUCCAAUCAUCAACGCUGUCGACGAUCUGGCUCUGAGCCCCAAAGAUAUCGAGUCUGGAAAUGCCCUAGUGUCGUUUACGAAAAAAGACACUGAUGAUAAACUGCAGCGGUGGCUGCUCGAGGAAGACGAUGGUCUAGACUCGCUCGAAUUACAUCAAGGUCCUGUAGCAUCUGGUAAUCCAUUGCGAAUCGUCGACGCGUCGACAAAGACUCCUUUGCAGUUGGCAUUCAAAGAAACCAAGUGGCCAUGGGCUCGCGUAAAAUCAAAGGGUGAUUGGACACUUGAAGCAGGUUUCAAAGGGUACUAUCUGAAGCACAUCGCUUCUGGACUAUACAUGUCCCUCUCCGAUACAAACGACGAUGUCAAGAUUCGUCCUCUUGUUCUCAGCCCCAACAAGACAGAGUUUACUUUGAUAGGCAAUGAUGAGGACGGGUACUCGAUUGAAUAUGUGGAAGAUCGUCAAUUUGGAGUAAAGCUUGACGAAGACCCGGCAGAUCCAGGGACGACUGCCUUCCUUUCUUGGCAACCGGAUGAUGCCCACCCCAAGUGGCGUUUUAAGACGAUUGAUUCCAACUGA